UUUUGCGCUAUUUUUGGGAAUUUUUUUUGUGAUCUUCAUGAUCUCAUGAUCAUUGUGUGAGAAGAGGAAGGAUAUAUCCCAUCUGGUGGCUCAAAAAAGAAGUUAAUAACCAAAAUAGAAGAAGCUGGAACACUUCUAUUGAUCCAAAAAAAUCGAAAUUUGCCUGCCGAAGAGAUUGAGGCCGAUCCUCCCAAAAGAAAAGUCCAAAUGGAAAAGAUGAAAAACCUACAGAGUUUCUAUAUCUUCGUGGUUGUACUCUCAGCCGUCUUCCCGGUUGCAGACGGCUGCAUGAGUCGCCGUCGAAGUCCAACGCGGCCACCUAGUGUUGUGCCACCUACCUUCAGCGAUUGCAAUGCCCCAUAUAGCACAGCUUACUGCCUUAAUGGGGGCGCCUGCUUUAACUUUACAAUAGGGCACCGUCACCUGCCUGCCUGCCGAUGCCUCGAGGGCUUCAUGGGUGAACGCUGUGAACUCAAGUACCUGCGCUUACCUGAGCACCGACAGACCCCAGUGAAGCUAGCCACUGCACGCAGUGCUGUCCUCCUCGGGGCAACCCUCUCCUCCCUUGCAAUCUUCCUGACGGGUUCGUGGCGCCUUCUCUCGCGCAGGCACUCCACAGCGAUCCUCUACCUCCGAGGGAGGUAGAUCCCAUCCCCCACAACCCAUGUAGUCAACAUCCCCCACCAAAAAAGCCUUGGCAGACAUGCCAAACAAAAUUCUUUCUAUUUUUUCGUCCUAAGUACUGCCAUUUAUCAUCCUAAUUUCUUCCUAUAAACGUACUUAUAAAUAUAUAUAUGUUGUUUUCUAGUAUGUAAAAAUUAUAUGUUUAUGUUAAGUUUAUCAUAAAAAAUAUAUACAGUGGUAUAUAUUUAAAAAUAUAUAAAAGACAGAACCAAAAA